AAUACUGGCAGCACGACACGGUGGUUGUUCUGUUGCCAAAGCCCGCCUCGCUGUGCUCCUUUGCGCGCUCAUUUCAUAGCUCCGCUAGUCUGACUUCCCGGAGUUUUAAGUUUCGUUUCUCCAGCUUUCUCCCUGACGGACAGCAGCGAUGGCGACAGCGGCGUCUCCAGAGGAGAAGUUCUCCUGCUCCAUAUGUCUGGACCUCUUCACCGAGCCCGGAACCGUUCCGUGCGGACACAGCUUCUGCCUGGACUGCAUCGGGAGCUACUGGGACCUGAGUGACCAAACCGGCGACUACAGCUGCCCCCAGUGCCGGGAGACUUUCACUCCCAGGCCCGUUCUGCGCAAAAGCAACGUCCUUAACGAACUGGUGGAGGAAUUGAAGAAAACGAGAGGACUCGACUCGAAAAGGGAACCCCCCGCUCCCGCUCCUGUCUCUGCUGAGCUCGGAGACGUGCCUUGUGAUUUCUGCCCCACCGAGUUAAAGCGCGGAGCGGUCAGGUCGUGUUUGACUUGCCGGGGCUCGUACUGCGAAGCGCACCUGCAGCCACACUACGAGACCGCGGGGUUGAAGAGGCACGCGCUGGUCCAGCCUCUCAGAGAUUUGGAGCAGAAGCUUUGCAAACAGCACCAGAGAUUGCUGGAGCUUUACUGCAGAACCGAUCAGAGCUGUAUCUGCAUGACGUGUACUCUCAAAGAUCACCACACCCACGCUGCUAUCCUAGCAGAGGAAGGGAGAGCGGAGAAACAGAAGGAGCUGGGGAAAAGACAGGCGGAAAUAGGAAAUCUCAUUGAAGAGAGACUGAAAGAGCUGGAGAGACUGAAUCAGGCUGUGGAGUCUCUCAAGCUGUCGGCACACAAGGAAAGGGCUGAAAGCGAGCAGGUCCUGUCUGAGCUGAUCCGGUCCAUUGAGAGAAUCAGGACGGAGGUGAGAGAGCUGAUUGGAGCUAAAGAGAAGGCUGCAGUGAGUCGGGCCAACGAGCAAAGAGAACAACUGGAGCAGGAGAUCCAGGAGCUGAGAAAGAGGAAGGCUGAGAUGGAGCAGCUUUCUGAGACAGAGGAUCACAUCCACUUUCUGCAGAGUUUCCAGUCUGUCUGCGCCCCUCCUGCUGCUCAGCAGCUCUUUGAUAACAUAGACGACUCUUUCUGGACUCUGAGGAAAGCUGUGUCUCGACUCAAAGACCACCUUGAGGGAUUCUGGAAGGUGGAGUUGAUGAAAGCAACUAUAGCAGUUGACGUGACUCUGGACCCUGAUACAGCACAGCCCCAUCUCAUCCUCUCUAAGGAUGGAAAACAAGUCAAAGAUGGGAAUAAACGACAACCUCUCCCUGACAAUCCAAAGAGGUUUGAUGAGUUUAUCUAUGUCCUGGGCAGGGAGGGCUUCACCUCAGGGAGACACUACUGGGAGGUGGAGGUGGGGGACAAGAUCAGCUGGGGACUCGGAGUCACCAGAGAGUCUUCUCAGAGGAAGGGGGGUAUCACUGAGAACCCACAGCAGGGAUUCUGGACCAUUUGGUGGAACGAGGAAAAGAAUCGGUUCAGCGCUCUCACCAACCCCCAGAUCCACCUCCCCAGGAGCCAGAAGCUACGGAAGCUGGGGGCGUAUCUGGAUUAUGAGGGAGGGCAGCUCUCCUUUUACAAUGUGGAGACCAGAUCUCACAUCUACACUUUCACCGACACCUUCACAGAGAAGCUCUAUCCGCUCUUUUGUCCUGGUCUUUAUUCCUCUGGUAGAAACACAGCUCCACUGAUCAUCUGCCCGCAUACCUACACAGAUUAAUACAGAUUACUAGCACCAGGAACACGAUCACUGCCCCACCCUUUUUAUUGCAUUAAAAAAUGUUCCUUCCUUGUUUUUAUGCUUUUAUACACACUUCAUGUUGUCAUCUCCAUGUCAUGUGAAAUGGAAAAAAAAUAUAUAACACCGAUGUAACAAAACCAUGAAUAAACUGGAGAAUUUAAUUCAA